CGGUGCACCCUUGGUGGUGAGGGGAGACAAGCAUGGCCACAAACAUGGCCGACAGUGCCAACCACCUGCCAUUCUUCUUUGGAAACAUCACCCGUGAGGAGGCUGAGGACUACCUGGUCCAGGGUGGAAUGAGUGAUGGGCUCUACCUGCUGCGCCAGAGCCGUAAUUACCUGGGUGGCUUCGCCCUAUCGGUGGCACAUGGGCACAAGGCACACCACUACACCAUCGAGCGGGAGCUGAACGGGACCUACGCCAUCGCAGGCGGCAGGACGCACGCCAGCCCUGCUGAGCUCUGCCACUACCACUCCCAGGAGUCAGAUGGCCUCAUCUGCCUCCUCAAGAAACCCUUCAACCGGCCACCUGGGGUGCAGCCCAAGACCGGACCCUUUGAGGACCUGAAGGAGAACCUCAUCCGGGAGUACGUAAAGCAGACCUGGAACCUACAGGGCCAAGCUCUGGAGCAGGCCAUUAUCAGCCAGAAGCCUCAGCUGGAGAAGCUGAUCGCCACCACAGCCCAUGAAAAAAUGCCCUGGUUCCACGGGAAAAUUUCUCGGGAUGAAUCUGAGCAAAUUGUCCUGAUAGGUUCAAAGACAAAUGGAAAAUUUUUGAUCAGAGCCAGGGACAACAACGGAUCCUAUGCCUUGUGUCUGCUACAUGAGGGCAAAGUGCUACACUACCGCAUUGACAAGGACAAGACAGGGAAGCUCUCCUUUCCCGAUGGAAAGAAGUUCGACACACUCUGGCAGCUAGUCGAGCAUUAUUCUUAUAAAGCAGAUGGCUUGUUAAGAGUCCUUACAGUUCCAUGUCAAAAAAUUGGCGAGCAGACUGGAAAUAUUCAUUUCAGACCUCGUCCACAACUUCCAAGUGCCCAUCCGGGGACUUGGUCAGCGGGUGGAAUAAUCUCAAGAAUCAAAUCAUACUCCUUCCCAAAGCCUGGCCACAAAAAGACCCCCUCAUCUCAAGAUAACCGGCUAGACAGCUCUGUGACGUUUAAUCCCUAUGAGUCAGACGGAGGACUCUGGACCUCAGGAAGAGAUGCCCAGAGAGAAGCCUUGCCCAUGGACACAGAAGUGUACGAAAGCCCCUAUGCAGACCCAGAGGAGAUCAGGCCCAAGGAGGUCUACCUGGACCGGCAGCUGUUAACCCUGGAGGACAAGGAACUGGGCUCUGGUAACUUUGGAACUGUGAAGAAGGGCUCCUACCAGAUGAAAAAAGGUGUGAAAACAGUAGCUGUGAAAAUCCUGAAAAAUGAGGCCAAUGACCCGGCCCUUAAAGAUGAGCUGUUAGCAGAAGCGAACGUCAUGCAGCAACUGGACAACCCUUACAUUGUGCGCAUGAUCGGGAUUUGUGAAGCCGAGUCCUGGAUGCUGGUUAUGGAGAUGGCGGAACUUGGUCCACUCAAUAAAUAUUUACAGCAGAACAGGCAUGUCAAGGAUAAGAACAUUAUAGAACUGGUUCAUCAGGUUUCUAUGGGAAUGAAAUAUUUGGAGGAGUGCAAUUUUGUGCACAGAGAUCUUGCUGCAAGAAAUGUAUUGCUGGUUACUCAACAUUAUGCCAAGAUCAGUGAUUUUGGACUUUCCAAAGCACUUCGUGCUGAUGAAAACUACUACAAGGCCCAGACCCACGGGAAGUGGCCUGUGAAGUGGUACGCUCCAGAAUGCAUCAACUACUACAAGUUCUCCAGCAAGAGUGAUGUCUGGAGCUUCGGAGUGUUAAUGUGGGAGGCGUUUUCCUAUGGGCAGAAACCAUAUCGGGGGAUGAAAGGAAGUGAAGUUUCUGCUAUGCUGGAGAAAGGAGAGAGGAUGGGGUGCCCUGUGGGGUGUCCGAGAGAGAUGUAUGAGCUGAUGAACCUGUGCUGGACGUAUGAUGUGGAGAACAGGCCCGGGUUCGCAGCAGUGGAACUGCGGCUGCGCAAUUACUAUUACGACGUGGUCAACUAAGGCUCCUGCACCCGUCCCUGGCUGUCUUCAAGCAGAUGGGCCAUCUCAAGCCAGCAUGUUCCAACACUUUGAUUUUGAGUCUCCACCUCCCUCUGCCCAUUGAGAGAGCCAACCUCAGAUGGAUGUGCCGUGACUGUGGUUCCCCAACACCUGUCCCAGAACAAACCCUCAACAAAGCAAACCCAUCCCAGAGGAGCCAUGGGAAGAAGACGGACAACGGGGUCAAAGGGCUUGUGGACUUCUUUGUGUAUCUUGUCUGUAUGAUUUUCAUGGCAAGUUAUUUUCAGGGUCUUUUUCCAGAUUUCCUUGCUGUCUUUCCAGUUCUCUGGGCCUUGGGUUGCAUCUGAACCCCUAGCAGCCUGGAGACACCGCCAUGUGGUAUUGAGCGCUUACCUGUGUUGCAUUGCCAGCAUCCAGAGGAUGCAGUGACACCUGUGACGCCUGCACUGGAGGCCAGGAAGGGAGAGAAGAAAGAAAUCUGUCUCUGAUAGGCCAAAAGACUAAGCCCUGCCUCUGAAAAAAAACCUUUCCUGGCAAUAAAAGUGUUUUGAGGCUUAAAAAAAAUUAAAUCAAGCUCAAUCAAUGCAGUUUCCAAAGUGUAGCCAGUUAAAGAGGAAAAAAAGUCUAGAUAUUGCUUUUGCUCUAUGUGUUCUGAGAAAGAAAACUGGUGUCUGCGUGAAGUAUGGGGCCUGUUGGAAGGAAUUGACUUGGCUACUGACCCCCUGAAAGCCUCUCUCCCAAAGAGUCUAGGAAGACUGAACUUGGAUGGAGACUAGUAAAUAAAGCUCUUUGUGGAGAACACGUAGGGGAGAAAAUGUCCAUCAUCUCGAGUGUGAUUAAGGGUAGACAGGAUGCUGUGGAUUGUCAUCUACUUAGUGUGGUCCAUGCUUCCUCUCCCUUGAAGAGAGGGUGCAGACAGAAUUCUUGUCUUUUUCUGUACUUAUAGUGGAGGCCAACGGCAUCUAAAGAUGAGUUUCUAAAGUAUUAAUUCAUAAUAAAGUCACAGACCUUUAUCCCCUCAACUAGUGGGCUUUAUUGAGUGUGGCUUUGGGUUGAAGGUACAAAACCCAAGAAUUCUUUUCUAGUCCCCUAGUUUUAGUUAGUCCUUGAAUAAUGUUUGAUCUUACACAAAUCAUUAGCCCAUUGAUAUCAGUUUGUGGUAGCACUUGAAAAUUAGAGAUAAUUAGCCAUCAUUCUUAGAUCAGUCAAGAAACAUAAACUCAGAUCAUCUCAUCUUCAGUUACACCUGAGACAUUUUAAAGUGUGUAUCCAACCCGGUGUGGGCAAGCAGGCCCUACUCUUCACAGAGCCUGCGUGGAGAAAAGCAGCAAGUUGGCACCCUUAGCCAGAAGAAGACGAGUCACUUAUAAAACUUAUGUUAAGAAAUUUUUAGAAACCAUCCAGGCCUGUUAAAAUCAUGCUACCUGGUGGUUUAAUCAUUUUGUUAGGGGAUCCCUGGGUGCUGAUCAGAUACUCAAAACAGUGGCAAUGCACAUGAUUUAGAGUCUCCAAAAUUAAAAAGAUUAAAGACAAAAUCUCUAUGGUCAGGCCACAUGUAGACUUAGAAUCAUAAAAGGAAGGGUUUGAUGCAGCAGUGAUGACAUCUUAGAAAGAAGCCAUACUGCUAGCUCCUUCUACCUCCAGAGUGUGUUUUUAGAAAAGGCCACAUGCUCACAGCACUCAGGUUGCACAUGUGCAAUAACUGUGUAGAGGUCUUUGUCCUCUUUCUGGGGAGAGUUCCCACACUCUCUGGCAGCUCCCCAACUCUCCCAAGAGUCUAAGGAUAAAGAAAAGCUGGAAUUUGACUGGAGAGAAACCCAGCCCUAUAGUGGCAGAUGCUCCUGUCUUCCACGUCUCCUGUGCCUCUCCUGGUGGUGUGGGGAGUUCCUGUCUGUAGAAUUCCCACUGUGGCAGUGUGUGCAAGUCCUCUCUAGUGACAAUUGUGUCCUGUGUCCUGUGACUACAGAAGAAGGCACAGAGGGAAAGCCAACUUCAUCGAAGUAGUAUUUAUAAUGUGAAUGAGCUAAAUUUGGAAGGUAAGCACUUGUACAAUGUAUCCUGCCUGUACUAGAUUUCACAUACAUGUUGCCCUUCUCACGAUUCUAGCCGUGUCUUUACAUGGGUCUGGGCUCACUCCAUGUGCCUUCACCUUCUGGUCCUUGUUGCAGGAACACAGACUGCCCUGGCCAGGCCAGCACCAAUCGACUGCUGAGGCCAUAAACACCUUGACCCUGAGCAGGAUCGAAGCUUUGCGUAACAAACAUGUAAUCCAUUCUGUGGUUAAAAUAAUCACAUGUGUUUUCACUUGUGCAUGUCCUUUCCCCACGCUUGCUGUCACCAGCCUUGCUUUGAUUUGUUGGGUGGUGACCUCACAUUUAUACCAGCCCAAGGACUGCAGCUCCAUCUGGAUUUUCACAUGCAGGGCCAACCGCCAGAUUUUCAGACCCCCCAGCCUCCCAAGAACACACUUGACUGGUUAACCAGUAUCCUCCAUCCAUUU